UGCUCGUGCUCUACUCGCGCGCUAGCCGUCCGUCCGCCUCGCCUCGCGCUCACCGCGCCUGGUUUCCGACCCCCGCCAUGGAGGAGGCUGAGACGGACGCCACGGAAAACUCUCGCGCCUCCGAGGCCAAGCGAGCCUCUGCCAUGCCGCCCCCGCCGCCUCCCAUCUCUCCGCCCGCCCUGACCCCGGCCCCCGCGGCCGGUGAGGAGGGCCCGGCGCCCCUGCCCGAGGCGGGCGCUCCCGGCUGCUCCCGCUCUCGGCCCCCGGAGCUGGUGCCCGAGCGCAGCCUGGGCCGCUUGAGAGGGCGCUUCGAGGACUACGACGAGGAGUUGGAGGAAGACGAGGAGAUGGAGGAGGAAGAGGAGGAGGAGGAAGAGAUGAGCCACUUCUCGCUGCGGCUGGAGUCGGGGCGGCCGGAGUCCGAGGACGAGGACGAGCGCCUGAUUAACCUUGCUGAACUGACCCCAUACAUCAUGUGUUCCAUUUGCAAAGGUUACUUAAUAGAUGCAACUACCAUUACAGAAUGUCUUCAUACCUUUUGUAAAAGCUGCAUUGUAAGACAUUUUUACUAUAGCAACAGAUGCCCAAAAUGCAACAUAGUUGUCCACCAGACGCAGCCUCUUUAUAACAUAAGGUUGGACCGACAAUUACAAGACAUAGUAUACAAAUUAGUGAUCAAUCUAGAGGAAAGAGAAAAAAAACAGAUGCAUGAUUUCUAUAAAGAAAGAGGUCUAGAAGUACCUAAACCUGCUGUUCCACAGCCAGUCCCUUCAAGCAAAGGAAAAACUAAGAAAGUCCUAGAGUCAGUGUUCCGUAUUCCACCUGAACUUGAUAUGUCUUUAUUACUUGAGUUCAUUGGUGCUAAUGAAGACACAGGACAUUUUAAGCAUUCACUGAGAUUUGAGCCGUUGGAAAAGAAGUUUGUGCGUGUUUCAGGAGAAGCAACUAUUGGGCAUGUAGAGAAAUUUCUUAGAAGAAAAAUGGGUCUUGAUCCAGCUUGUCAGGUAGAUAUCAUCUGCGGUGAUCACUUAUUGGAACGGUACCAAACCCUACGGGAAAUCCGCCGUGCAAUAGGUGAUUCAGCAAUGCAGGAUGGUCUGCUUGUUCUUCAUUACGGUCUUGUGGUUUCUCCUCUGAAAAUAACUUGAAGACACAGGGUAUGUGAGAAAGGAAACACAGUAAGGAGGCUUGCUUCUGCAGGUCUGCAUUGCACCAAAGAAUCUCAAGAAACAUGUAGCCACCACUACUUCAUGCUGUUAAGAGCUAGCCUCUGUUUUCCGCACCAGAACCCUAGCAUUGUGUGUACAACUUGAAACAAUAGAAUGUAUUUGCUACACUAGAGACUAUGUAAAAAGCACUCAAAACUCAGGGGAAAAAAACUGAAAACACUGAAUUUUAAAAUUCCUUGUGAUUACAAAUACGAGGAAGAUGCUGGUUGCUUCCCAUCUUUGAGGUAGGUUGGUCAUCUGGCAGCUAGGAUUCUCCAGGCUGUGUGGGCUGGGCAAGAGUCCUUGCUGAACAGCUCUGCUUUGAAUUCAAAGCCAGUCCGUUAACCGCAGGGUGCACUCGGCACCAGAACUACUGGCCAUUUACAUGAUCCUGUCCUAUUCUAAGCUUUAAAAAAAGUGAUCCUACUAAAGCAAGGAUCUCUCCACUGUGGAGAGACUCUCCUGUUAGAUAUGGCUCUUAACACCCCUUAUUACAAGGUGCUUCUUUGUGAUGGUUUAUUUGCAUAUAUCAGCGCCAUGGAGCAGGCGUCACAGUGUGACUGUUGAUAAUGUCACUUGUAAUGGCACUGUUCUAAAGGUAGCAGACAAUUUCAGGUGAAUUACCAGAAGUUUACAGAGUCCUUAUUGUUUCCUUGGUCACUCAGCUUAACUGGUUCUGUGUUUAAUGUUUGUUUUCUCACCACUGGGAUAAAGAAUGAGGGUCUUUGAGAACCUUGCUUUCACGAAGACUUAAUUUUAAACAUUAUUUUGCCUAAAAUUAGCAUCCUGAUGCUUUCUAAGAGAAAUAUUUUGUAGACUUAUUUCACAGCAAAAUUUCCAAUCUGUACAGAAACUUACAAAAUUAGACUUACAUUGGCAAUUGUUUUGUAAAGUUUAUGAAUUGUGCAUAAAUCUCUUCUGAUUUAAUAAAAAUUUAUUUUAGCCAA